CCCAAGAACUCUUAUGGAAACAACAAUUACUGCCUCUUUUCCCGAUCUCUCGUCCCAGUAGUCUUUCGCCGGUCAGUCUCUUUCACACACCUUCGUCUCUGGAACUUUGAAAACCCUAACCCUCCAAUUCACCAAUCAAUCGAAUUCACAUCCCACCAACACAAUGAUACCUUUCUCUUCACUCAUCUCCGAUCAGAUUAGGUUCUUGCUCCAGAGCCUCAAUGAUUCCAACUCCGAUUCUGUCUUUCGGGAGCUCUGCCAGUUUGUUGAAUAUGGAUGCGAGGGUAGUAUAUUACUGCUCCAGACCUGCUUGGAUCAUAUUAAUUUUUACGAGGGGGACAUGCGCAACAUGCGAAUGAAGCCUGAGUUAGUAGCUGGAAUCUUUAGAUAUUUAUUCGAAAGGCCAAAUUUUAGUACUGUAUUUUGUGAAGCAUUACGAACGAUGAAGAUCACUGAACCAUUUCUUGGAGAUUUCUGUGAUGCAUUACACUUGACGGUGUCUGAGAAAAUUGGCCUUGGUCUUGCUUUGGCAGAUUCAGAGAAUCUUGACAUUAGAACGAGCGGUCAAAAUUUCUGCAUGGGCCUCAUUGAGGAGCUUUCGAGAAAUUCUGUCUUAAUAGAUUCUGCUGAGCAAAUUCAAAAUAUUAUUAUGUUUUUGUACCGUUCAGAAGGCUUUUCUAGGCAUGUUGACACAUUUAUGCCAAUGCUAUCUUUGAUGGAGCCGAAGGAAGGGACUCCAUUUAUAUUGGCUCCUUUGCUUUCAGAUAGUUUACGAGAGCCCAGAAAUAUGGAUAUCUUCUAUAGUAGCAGUGAAAAUGAAUUUGAUGCAAUUCUAGCGGAGAUGGAAAACAAAACAAGCAUGGAUGAUAUUAUGAGGGAAUUGGGUUAUGGAUGCACAAUUGACGCUUCACUUUGCAAGGAGUUGUUCUCUCUUUUCUUGCCUCUUACUGAAGCCACAAUUUCUAGAAUACUUGGCACAAUAGCCCGCACCCACACUGGUCUUGAAGACAAUCAAAAUUGUUACUCAACAUUUUGCGCAGCUAUUGGUAACAGUGCCACAUCUGAGACAUCAUGCCCGAGCUCUUGGAAUGUUGAUAUCCUUGUAGAUUCAAUUAAGCAACUUGCUCCAGAAACUGACUGGAUACUUGUUAUGGAGAAUCUGGACCACGAGGGCCUUUACUUUCCCAAUGAGCAGGCAUUUUCCUUUUUCAUGUCCCUUUAUGCUCGUGCAUGUCAGGAUCCUUUUCCGUUGCAUGCCAUAUGCAGGUCUGUCUGGAAGAAUGUUGAUGGCCAGUUGUCUUUUCUUAGAUAUGCUGUAUCAGCUCCACCGGAAAUAUUUACAUUUGCACAUUCUGCUAGGAGAUUGGCAUAUGCUGAUACACUGCAUGGUCAUGAGAUUCCAGAUGCACAUGCUAAUCAUGCAUGGUUAUCUCUUGACCUUCUGGAGGUGUUAUGCCUGCUAGCUGAAAGGGGCCACGCUGGAUCUGUGAGACAGAUUCUUGAGUUUCCUAUUAAGAACUGUUCUGAAGUAUUGUUGCUUGGGAUUGCACAGAUUAAUACUGCCUAUAAUCUCCUCCAAGUUGAAGUGUCUUCCACUGUUUUUCCAAUGAUAGCUGGUACGGGAAGUGUUUUGAUUCAUCAGCUUUGGCAUUCUAAUCCUAAGCUUGUAUUGCGAGGAAUUGUUGAUAUGGUUAAAAUUGAUGAAGGCAACAUGGCUACAAUUUUGGACAUUUGCCAAGAGCUGAAGAUUCUGUCAUCUUUGUUGGAGCAGAUUCCAUUUUAUUUUAGCAUUCGAUUGGCUGCCCUUGCUACCCAGCAAGAACAGAUAAAUCUUGAGAAAUGGCUGAAUGAUAAUCUAAGAACUUACAAAGAUGUCUUUUUCGAGGCAUGCCUCAAGUAUUUAAAGGAGAUAGUCUUUGCUGCACCAGGAGAUUUCUCUACCAAUUCUUUUCAACAUUCUACUGCUGUUCCAAACUUACACGCUGAAAUAAGUUUAACCUUUUUGAAGGCCCUUGAAGCUAAUACCACAGAGAUUACCUCAGAACAGCUCUCUGCGGAAUUGAAAUUGUUGCAGAAGGAUUCCAUGCAUGUUGGUCCGAGACUGCAGAAUGUUGGGGCUUGCAAUUCAUUAACAGCCAAUGGUUAUGAAGAUGAUAUAGAGACCAAAGCUAACACUUACUUUCAUCAAAUAUUUUCUGGUCAGCUUAAUAACGAUGAGAUUAUUCAAAUGCUUGCUCGAUUCAAAGAAUCUUCUGAAGCAAGGGAACAAUUGAUCUUUGAUUGCAUGAUACAAAAUCUAUUUGAGGAGUACCGGUUCUUCCCUAGGUAUCCAGACAAGCAGCUUAAAAUCGCAGCAAUUCUUAUCGGUUCCCUUAUAAAGCAUCAGCUUGUAACUCAUAUUACACUUGGUAUUGCUAUACGCAGUGUGUUGGAUGCCCUGCGUAAACCUACAGACUCAAAAAUAUUUGCUUUUGGGACAUUGGCUUUGGAGCAGUUCCUAGAUCGCCUGGCAGAGUGGCCACAGUAUUGCAAUCAUAUUCUGCAAAUUUCUCAUCUGCGUGGUGCUCAUCCUGGCCUUGUUGCAUUUAUUGAGCAUACACUUACUAGAAUAUCAUCAGGUCGCUUGGAAUCAAAUGGAGGUUCGGAUCCCCAUAGUAGUUCUGCUUCUGCUACCUUAGAGAGUGUGGAGUUAUUUGGAUCUAGGACCGCACAACCUGCGCUGCAACUUUCUUCUCCACUCCAGAUGCAACAGAAACAUCAAGGUUUUCUUGGUGACAGGCAUAAAGCAUCUGCAACUUCAUCGAGUGUCUCUCUGUCCCCACAACCAGUAUCAUCACAGAGUUCAACCGGUGUUCCAGCAACCAUAUCUUCUUCUGCUGGUUUUCUCCAUUCUUCCAGGGCAGCUACAUCAACUAGUGUGCCUAGACAACAUUCAUAUACUACAGGGUUUGGUUCUGCUUUGAACAUUGAAACACUUGUUGCCGCAGCAGAGAGAAGGGAUACUUCCAUAGAGGCUCCUGCAUCAGAUAUUCAGGACAAGAUACUAUUUAUGAUAAAUAAUAUUUCGUCAUCAAACAUUGAAGCCAAAGCAAAGGAAUUCAUUGAGAUUAUAAGUGAACAGUAUUAUCCUUGGUUUGCGCAAUACAUGGUGAUGAAAAGAGCAAGCAUCGAGCCUAACUUCCAUGACUUGUACUUGAAGUUCUUGGACAAAGCCAAUUCGAAAACAUUGAAUAAGGAGAUUGUCAAAGCUGCUUAUGAGAAUUGCAAGGUUCUCUUAAGAUCAGAGUUAAUAAAAUCAAGUUCAGAAGAGCGUUCCUUGCUGAAAAAUCUGGGUAGCUGGCUUGGGAAGUUGACAAUAGGAAAAAAUCAAGUGCUCAGGGCCCGAGAAAUAGAUCCCAAAUCAUUGAUAAUGGAGGCAUAUGAAAAGGGACUGAUGAUUGCAGUGAUUCCAUUUACCUCAAAGAUUUUGGAACCAUGCCAAAGUAGUCUUGCCUAUCGGCCUCCUAAUCCUUGGACCAUGGCAAUUCUUGGUUUACUUGCUGAGAUUUAUGCAUUACCAAAUCUGAAAAUGAAUCUUAAGUUUGACAUUGAGGUCCUUUUUAAGAACCUUGGUGUGGAUAUGAAGGAAGUAAAACCAACUUCUCUGCUCAAAGAUCGAGUUCGAGAAGUAGAAGGAAACCCAGAUUUUUCUAACAAAGAUGUUGGGGCAUCCCAGCUGCAAAUGGUCACUGAUUUUAACUCGGGAAUCAUUUCUACAUUGAAUCAAGUUGAAUUACAGCCUGAAAUCGUCAAUUCUUCUCAUCCUGGUGGCCAUAUGAACAUAUUGUCUCAGUAUGCUGGUAAUCUUCAACUUGCGUCCGGCUCUUUAAUGGAUGACGAUGAAAAGAUGGCAACUUUAAGUCUACCUGAACGGCUUCCUUCUGGGCAAGGGCUUUCACAAGUUGUUCCAUCACAGUCACCAUAUUCUGUUGGUCAGCUCUCCUCACCAAUCCACGAUAUUGGAAGUCAUAUAGUUUUCAACCAAAAACUUAGUGCGCUGGGUUUGCAGUUCUUUCAGAGAAUUGUUCCCCUUGCCAUGGAGAGGGCUGUAAAAGAGGUAAUGUCUCCUAUUGUUCAGCGCAGUGUUACAAUUGCAAUUCAGACAACAAAAGAACUUGUUUUAAAGGACUAUGCCAUGGAGUCUGAUGAGUCCCGCAUAUAUAGUGCUGCACACUUGAUGAUAGCAAGUCUGGCAGGAAGUCUGGCCCAUGUGACAUGCAAGGAACCGCUUCGCGUCUCCAUAUCGAAUCAACUUAGGAACUCAUUGCAGGGCUUCAAUAUCACCAGUGAACUUCAAGAACAAGCUGUUGCUAUUGUUCUGAAUGAUAACCUUGACCUAGGUUGUGCCGUGAUUGAGCAUGCUGCAACAGACAAGGCGUUAAAAACGAUUGAUAAUGAAAUAGCUCAACAACUCUCUUUAAGAAGGAAGCAUAGAGAGGGUGUUGGUCCAUCAUAUUAUGAUGCAAUUAUGUAUACACAAGGUCAUAUGGGUGUAAUACCGGAAGCCCUCCGCCCCAGACCUGGUCACCUGUCCCACUCUCAACAACGAGUUUAUGAGGAUUUUGUUCGAUUUCCCUGGCAAAAUCAAUCUGGGAACACAAAUGCGGUGCCUUCUGGUCUGCCGGCUUCAUCUAGUGGUUCUGUUGGUUCUGGUGUGUCUCAUGCUUUUGUUUCAACUACAGUACAGCUUAACCCAGGCCUCUACUCAUCUGGGCCUGGGGCUACAGGCUCAGGUGCAGUUGCUCAGCCCGUAGAUUUUAUUUCUGAGGAGAUGGACCCUAGUUCUGACCAGCUUUUAAGUGGUUCAUCAACUCGCAUGGGAGCAAUUGAUAGUGUUAUUCCACAUGGUUCCAAUAUUAACAAUGUCGUUUCAUUUUCUUCAGCAGCAGCUAUACCUGAACUGCGUUCGGUAGAGGCCUCUAAUACUGAAUUGGGAGCUACAACCCUGCCAUUGCCUGCUAGCUCUACCACAGAGCACCUGGGAAGUGACAUCUCCGAACCCUUGUUGACCACAGGAGAUGCUUUGGAGAAGUUCCAAAUUAUUGCACUGGAGUUGGGGAUGUUGAUAACCAAAGACACCGGGGAGACAGAAAUUCAGGGAGUCAUUGCUCAAAUUCCUGAAAUCGUCCUAAAAUGCAUAAGCCGGGAUGAGGCAGCACUGGCUGUGGCCCAGAAGGUUUUUAGGAGUCUAUAUGAGAACGCAUCAAACAGUUUACAUGUUAGUGCUCAUCUUGCAAUCCUAGCUGCAAUUCGCGAUGUUUGCAAGCUAGUUGUUAAGGAGCUCACAAGCUGGGUGAUUUAUUCAGAUGAGGAGAGGAAGUUUAACACAGAUAUAAUUCUUGGCCUUAUUCGCAAGGACUUGCUGAACCUUACGGAAUACAACAUGCACAUGGCAAAGCUUAUUGAUGCUGGGAGGAAUAAAGCUGCUACCGAGUUUGCAAUCUCUCUUCUCCAGACUUUAUUGGUUCAGGAAUUAAGAGUAAGUGUGUCAGAACUUCCCAAUUUGGUUGACGCCUUGGCAAAGCUUGCAAGUAGACCUGGGUCUCCUGAGUCUUUACAGCAGUUGAUUGAGAUUGCAAGAAAUCCUGCUGCUAAUGCUGCAGUUCUUGCUGGAUUUGCUGCUGGCAAGGAUGAUACGGUCAAGCAAUCCAGGGAAAAGAAGGGUUCUGACCAUGCUAUUGCAAGCAGGGACGACUAUCUCAAUGCCGAGUCGGGGGGAGCAGAUCCUACCAGUUUCCGUGAUCAGGUUUCUGUCCUAUUUGCGGAAUGGUACCAGAUAUCCGAACUUCCUGGUACAAAUGAUGUAUCUUGUACUCACUUUAUUUCACAGUUGCAGCAAAGCGGGUAUCUUAAUGGGGAUGAUAUGUCAGAUCGUUUUUUCCGCCUUCUCACGGAACUUUCAGUUACACAUUGUGUCUCUACUGAAGGUAUAGGUGUUAGGUCAUUGUCAUUGCAGUCACAUCAAACAUCUCAGAACCUGUCAUUUCUUGCUAUUGAUGUGUAUGCAAAGCUUGUUGUUUUGAUUCUGAAGUACUGUGUGGCGGAGCAUGGGCCGACUAAACUCCAACUUUUGCCCAAGAUAUUAUCAGUAGUUGUCAGAGUCAUUCAAAGAGAUGCUGAAGAAAAGAGGGCAUCUUUUAAUCCAAGGCCAUAUUUCAGGUUGUUUGUCAAUUGGCUUUAUGACCUUCUUGACCCAGAUCCCAUCUUAGAGGGUGCUAACUUUCAGGUUUUGGUUGCUUUUGCCAAUGUUUUCCAUUUAUUGCAGCCUCUUAAAGUUCCUGCAUUCAGCUUUGUGUGGCUUGAACUGGUGAGUCACAGGAGCUUUAUGCCUAAAUUGCUCACUGUUAACCCUCCGAAAGGCUGGCCUCAUGUUCAACGCUUGCUGGUCGACCUGUUCAAAUUCAUGGAGCCUUAUCUGAGGAAUGCUGAACUGCGAGAACCGAUAUAUUUCCUCUAUAAAGGCACUCUGAGGGUGCUGCUUGUGCUGCUUCACGAUUUUCCCGAGUUCCUUUGCGAUUAUCAUUUCAGCUUCUGUGAUGUUAUACCCUCCAGCUGCAUUCAGAUGCGAAACAUCAUCCUGAGUGCAUUUCCACGCAAUAUGAGGCUUCCUGAUCCUUCUACUCCUAACUUAAAGAUUGAUUUGCUGGCAGAAAUCAACCAAUCACCGCGUAUUUUCUCAGAGGUUGAUGCUGCAUUGAAAGCCAAACAGUUGAAGUCCGAUGUAGAUGAGUAUAUCAAGACAAGGCAUCAGAAAGUGUUCUUGUCAGAAAUGAAGCAAAAAUUGCUGCUAACACAAAAUGAGGCAGCACAGGCUGGGACCCGGUACAACAUACCCUUGAUAAACUCACUUGUUCUUUAUGUAGGAACACAGACUAUUCAACAACAGACCAAAACUCCGUCUCCUCUUGCACAACAAAUGGCACACAAUACUUCCUUGGAAUACUUGAUGGGUGCUGCUAUGGAUAUCUUCCAGACACUGAUUGCCGACCUUGAUACUGAAGGGCGCUACCUUUUCCUCAAUGCAAUUGCUAAUCAGCUCCGUUACCCUAACAACCACACACAUUUCUUUUCCUUUGUUCUUCUCUACUUGUUUGUUGAAGCUAACCAGGAAAUUAUCCAAGAGCAAAUUACUAGAGUGUUGUUGGAACGCCUGAUUGUUAAUAGGCCUCAUCCAUGGGGACUUCUAAUCACUUUCAUUGAACUCAUAAAGAAUCCAAAAUAUAACUUCUGGGGUCGUUCCUUCACAAGGUGUGCGCCAGAGAUUGAAAAACUUUUUGAUUCGGUCUCAAGAUCCUGUGGUGGCCCCAGACCUGUAGAGGAAUCUAUGAUAUCUGGUGGUAUUCCGGAUAACAUCCACUGAAUUUUUCAGAGAUUGUAGCUCACUGUAUAGGUCUUAAUGUGGAUUUACAUUAGCAUAAUGAGCAACGUUUUUUUGUUAGAAUUUGCAAUUUUUGAAAAGCAUCAAUUGAUAAAGCUAUAUGAUGGAUGUGUAAGAUCUGGUUAGUUUAGGGGUCAAUUAACGCCUUCCUUUUUCUUCUCAUCAGAGUUGUUUCCAAAGACUUGCCAUGGUAAGGAUGAGUUGCCCAUUUGUACAGAAUGGUAAAGGGACCCUCGAAAAGGGAUAUUUUCAUCCUUGCCAACGUGAUCUUGUUGCCCCUGGCAACAAACAUGCAUGAACCAUUUCACGAAGUAUGUGUUCGGAUAGUCCAAAGUAACGAUAGUUGCUCUCUCUCUCUCUCACACACGCACGCACGCAUAGAGACAAUUGUUUGCUUGCUUGUGCAUGAGCAUAUGCGUGCAUAUGUGGGGGGCAAUGUGGUUUCUUUGAACUUGCCCCUUUAUGUUACAGUGCAUGGAUAGGUCUUAAAUGUAGUGCGGAUCCACUAUCAAGUCAAGCAUUAUUUAUUUAUUUAUUUAUAUGGGUAUUUUCAUGCCAAUAAACUCAAAAAAGAAAUUCAACUGGCAUGCUUUUCUU